UUCCGCAGAGCAGAGCAGAGCAAGAGCACGAUGCGGCCGCCCUCUCUCCUCCUCCUCCUCCUCCUCCCUCUGUUCCUCCUCUCGCUGCCCCUGGCCGCCCCCCUCAGCCAGGACGGCCUCUACCUCCUCCAGGCCAAGCGCGGCCUCUCCGACCCCGCCGGCGCCCUCUCCUCCUGGAACCCCCGCGACCCCGACCCCUGCAACUGGACCGGCGUCCACUGCGGCCGCCCGGACCGCCGCGUCACCUCCCUCGACCUCUCCUACUCCCAGCUCGGCGGCCCCUUCCCGCUCUUCCUCUGCCGCCUCCCCUUCCUCUCCUCCCUCAACCUCCGCUGCAACAACCUCAACUCCACCCUCCCCUCCGCCGUCUCCGCCUGCCGCGCCCUCACCCGCCUCGACCUCCCCGAUAACCUCCUCGAGGGCCCCAUCCCCGGCUCGCUCGCCGCCAUCCCGGGCCUCGCGCGGCUGAACCUCUCGUUCAACAGCUUCUCCGGCGGGCUGCCGCCGCGGUUCGGUGAGUUCGCCCGCCUCGAGUCGCUCUCGCUCGUGAGCAAUCUCCUCAACGGGACGAUGCCCUCCUUUCUGGGAAACGUCACGAGCCUCAAGAGGCUCGAGCUCGCUUACAACCCGUGGACGCCGAGCGAUCUCCCGAGUGAAUUCAGUAACCUGACGAACCUCGAGUACCUCUGGCUCAGCGACUGCAAAUUGACGGGCCCGAUUCCGGAAUCUCUCGGGAGGCUACCUCGGCUCUGGAACCUGGACCUGUCAGUGAACCAGCUCACCGGGCCGAUCCCGAGCUCGCUUGCCUGGUUGAAGAGCGCCAUCCAAAUCGAGCUCUUCAACAACUCCUUGUCCGGCGAGUUGAGCCUCGCGUUCUCGAACAUGACGAACUUGCGGCUCAUGGACGUGUCGACGAACCAGUUGACAGGGGCGAUUCCGGACGACCUGUGCAGCUUGCCGCUCCAGUCGCUCAAUCUGUUUGAGAACCAUUUCGAAGGGACUUUACCGGAGAGCAUUGCAUUGUCGGAGAAUCUACAGGAGCUCAUGCUGUUCAACAACAAGCUCAACGGGUCGCUGCCCAGCGAUCUCGGCAAGAACUCGCGGCUACAGAGCCUGGACGUGUCGUAUAACCAGUUUUCGGGACCAAUACCUGAGAACUUGUGUGCGCAUGGUGAAUUAGAGGAACUUGUGUUGAUCUAUAACAACUUUUCCGGAACAAUCCCGCCCAGUUUGGGAAAAUGCGAGAGCUUAUACAGGAUCAGGUUGAAGCAUAAUCAGCUCUCUGGAACAGUUCCGGAAGGAUUAUGGGGAUCACCUCGCGCGUAUUUGCUCGAGUUGGCAGAAAAUUCACUUGUUGGGAAUGUUCCGGAUGCGCUUUCCGGCGCACAUAAUCUCUCUGUCUUGGAUAUUUCUAGGAAUCUGUUUUCCGGGCCGGUGCCGGAUGUGUUCGUGUCGCUGACUAAAUUGGUAGAGUUCCAUGGUAGUCACAACAAUUUCAGUGGUCAAAUCCCCAGAAGUUUGGUGCAAUUGAGCCGGUUGAGUACGCUCGAUCUUAGCGACAAUGCACUUUCCGGUGAGAUUCCUGAGGGAAUCAAGGGGUGGAGGAUGCUGAAUGAGCUUGACCUGGAUAACAAUAAGCUGUCCGGUGAAAUUCCGGCUGAAAUCGGCAGUCUGACGGUGCUUAAUUAUCUCGACCUAUCCGGGAAUUACUUUUCGGGGAAAAUUCCUGAUGAGCUGCAGAAUUUGAAGCUCAAUUUGCUCAACUUAUCAAACAAUCAGCUCUUCGGUGACAUUCCAUCAAUGUAUGACAAGCAAGUUUACAAAGAUAGUUUCGUCGGUAACCCGGGAUUGUGCGGAGAUCUGCUGGGUCUCUGUCCUACAAGGAGCGAUGGGAGGAAGUCGAAGUCCUUGUGGAUGCUCAGUGUGAUUUUUGUGCUCGCCGUCCUUGUUCUUGUCGUGGGGAUUUCUUGGUUCUAUUAUAAGUACAAGAACAUCAAGAAGGCUAGGAAAGGCGCCGCCAUGUCCAAGUGGAGAUCGUUUCACAAGCUCGGCUUUAGUGAGCUCGAGAUCGCCGAUUGCCUCAAAGAAGAUAAUGUCAUCGGCAGCGGAGGUUCUGGAAAAGUUUAUAAGGUCAAGCUGAGCAACGGCGAAGUAGUCGCCGUGAAGAAGUUAAGAGGAGUGACGAAAAAAGAGGCUUCGACCUUCGAGCCCGAGAAAGACGGGUAUCAAGUCGAGGUCGAGACUCUAGGGAAGAUCCGGCACAAGAACAUAGUGAGGUUAUGGUGUUGCUGCAACACAGGAGACUGCAAGCUUUUGGUCUAUGAGUACAUGCCGAAUGGAAGUUUAGGGGAUAUGCUGCAUGAAAGUAAAGGGAGCUUGCUGGAUUGGAGGACGAGGUACAAGAUCGCGCUUGAUGCAGCAGAGGGGCUUUCGUACUUGCACCACGAUUGUGUCCCCGCGAUCGUUCACAGGGAUGUGAAGUCGAACAACAUAUUGCUGGAUGGAGAAUUUGGAGCUAAAGUUGCCGAUUUCGGAGUUGCAAAGAUUGUCAAAGUUGGCAAUGGAGAAGAACAGAUGUCUGUCAUAGCGGGAUCCUAUGGCUAUAUCGCACCAGAAUACGCCUAUACUCUUCGAGUGAACGAGAAGAGCGACAUAUACAGCUUCGGGGUAGUCAUCCUGGAGUUGGUGACAGGAAGGCUCCCAAUAGAUCCUGCUUUCGGGGAGAAAAACCUGGUGACAUGGGUCAGCGCCACCUUAAACCAGAAAGGGAUCGACGACGUGAUUGACCCCAAACUCGAUGCCAGUCACAAGGAAGAAAUAACCAAGGUCCUCGAGGUCGGCCUCCUCUGCACCCAUUCACUCCCCAUAAGCCGGCCCUCAAUGCGAAAGGUGGUGAAGCUGCUGCAGGAAGCUGGCUCCGGCGGCACGGCCAGGAUCGUCAAGAGGGACGGCAAGCUGUCGCCUUACUACUACGAAGACGCCCCCAAUAAGGCAAAUUACUCGUCGGAGAACCCAGUGCAGUACAUGAAAGAGCAGGGGAGCAAGUAGAAGGGGGGAAAACAAGAACCCCAUGGCUUCGCCCCUGUGGAGGCACGAGAAAUUGGGGAGGAAACCAUCGGCGCAAAUGCCUCGUAACUCUAGGAAUCUGUGGGCUAGGCUUGUUCAGGUGUUCCCAGAGCUAGUCCUUAGUUAGGUGACGGGAACAUGCGAACAAAGGCCAUGUCAACUCUUAACACAUGGGAAAAGAUCCCAUCCCAAGACAAAAAAAAAAAAUCAACUACAGCGGCAGCAGCAGUACCGAUUGGCUGGUCCCAGUUUGAAUUUUUUGCCCCUUCCGAUCGGGUGCUCUUGCGGAAACGACCGGCGUGUGAAGUCACUGGUGAUGGAUGACCAGCCUAUCGUCCCAUUCGGUCUAAAGGACAGCUUUCAUUAAUUAUUGGUGUUUAGCUUGUUUAGCUUUUAGUGCAUGUGGCGUAGGUGCAGUGGUGGUGGGGGGGACGCUUUGACUUCCAUGCCGUCCUGCAUUGAAGUGCCCAUGGGGUAGUUGUAGCUUCGUUUUUGUACUUUUGCUUCUGCAUCUUCUUCGCACGUCCUUUCCAUUAAGAAAUUGCAGAGGAAAUUGACGGGAGUUUGCAUAUUGCAUA